AUAUGCACUUGACUUUCAUUCCAACUCAUUCCAUUAACCCAUAAAUACAUAUUAUUCAUUAUUAAAUAUUAUUAAUCUUUCAGCAUAAAUAAAUAAUUAGUUGCACCUGCCAUGUUCAUCCUAAUUUCAAUCCUCUCCUAUUUUGGAGGGGUACGUCUCGCCCUGUUCCCUCUGGGGGGCUACCUUGUGAUAAAAGUGAUCAAAUACUUGCUCCGACGAAACCGCGGCCAGGUGGACAAAUCCAAUGAAGUCGACGUUCAAGGGAAGCUUGUAAUUGUGACCGGGGCAUCCGCCGGGAUUGGAAAGGCCACCGUUCUGGAAUUUAUUGAAAGGGGGGCGAAAGUGGUUUUGGCAUGCCGAAAUAUUGCAAAGACGGAGGAAGUGGUGGAAGAGUUGAGACAAAAGACGGAUAAGGGAGAAAUGAUCAUCAUGCAACUCGAUCUAGGAUCACUGCAAUCAAUUCGCGAUUUUGUGCAACAAUUCAAAUCCAAAUUCUCCAAGUUGGACAUUCUCAUUAAUAAUGCCGGCUUAUCCAAUUUAAUCCGAAGAAACACCAAGGACGGAUUUGAGGAACAAUUUGGUGUCAAUUAUUUAGGACACUUCCUACUCACAAAUCUCCUAUUGGAUGAAUUAAAGAAAGGUGAUAUCCGUAGGAUAGUUAACGUCGGAUCCUUCGCACACAGUUGGGGAAAACUUAACUUUGACGACCUCAUGCAUGACAAGACGCCUCCACCAAGCAAACCCUUGCCCAUCAUGUCCGGUUUCUACGCCAACUCCAAGUUGGGCAACAGUUUAUUCAAUCUCGAGCUGGCUAAAAGGUUACAAGGCUCCGGAGUGAACACGUACUGUCUUUGUCCCGGCUUUGUGCAAACGGACAUUGGAACUGAUCGGAAAUCUGGCAUUAAGAAAUAUAUUAUGAAAAUGUUCCGUUAUUUUGCCAAGACUGCGGAAGAGGGCGCCGCCACCACUAUUUAUUGCGCCCUAAGCAAAAACGUGACUAAUCAUUCUGGUGAAAUGUAUCGAAACUGUGAAUUCUGGGAUGCCGGCAAGAGACCUAAAUUGAGCCACGAGGAUGCCGCCAGAUUGUGGAGUAAGAGUGAACAAUUGGUUGGACUUGACAAAUAAAUUUAUUACGAAUGCAAAAAAAUUUCCAACAAAUUGUAAUCAAUAAAGACAUGUUCAACGAA